GAGCAAGGCGUCGCGAGCGCGGUCACGUGCCGGGAGCCGCUCGCGCGCAAAGCGGGCGUGCGCGCAUGCGCCGCCCGGAAGCGUCUCCUGGGCCGGGCCGCGCACUUCCGCCUCGGCGGCUCUGCGGCUCGCGGGACGGGCAGCGCCAUGGCCGGUAUCAAAGCUUUGAUUAGCCUGUCCUUUGGGGGAGCAGUUGGACUAAUGUUCUUGAUGCUCGGAUGCGCCCUUCCCCAGUACAACCAGUACUGGCCACUGUUUGUUCUGUUUUUUUACAUCCUUUCUCCUAUCCCGUACUGCAUAGCAAGAAGAUUAGUAGAUGACACAGAUGCUACGAGUAAUGCCUGCAAGGAGCUAGCAAUAUUUCUUACAACAGGCAUUGUUGUCUCAGCAUUUGGGCUACCUAUAGUGUUUGCCAGAGCAGAACUGAUUUAUUGGGGCGCGUGUGCACUUGUUCUCACAGGGAACACAGUCAUCUUUGCUACAAUCCUAGGAUUUUUCUUGGUCUUUGGCAGCAAUGACGACUUCAGCUGGCAGCAGUGGUGAAAGGAAGACAGAACUAUCGCAGACAUCUUGUCAUUCAGUGGCCAUCCAUACAAACGGGAGAAUGGGCAAUAACGAGAAGCAGCAGUGCAGGCGUCUAGAGUGUUCUAGCUACUCCUUUUCUCCGUGUUCGUUCUGAGCGUACUGCUGUUUUGCUGAUGGAUUUCUAGGUUUUACAAAGUGGAGAGACGAUUGAUUUCACUUUUACCUACAGUAUAUUUUUAGGUGCUCUCUUGGUUUAAAAUUGUUGUUCUUGUUCUUUUUUGUGUUUAUGUAAAACCUGAAAGCCGGAAUAAGAAUACUUUCAGAGAAAAUUAAACUUUUUUUUUUUUUUUUAAGUUUAGCAGUAAAACUAAGCUUCAGAAAACUUUAUUUUUUGAAUAUGGUGAUUAAAUUAUGAUGCAGAAAAGCUGAGGUGAGGUAAGAGGUUGUACAUGACCACUGUCAAUUAGCAGAUACAUAGGUUGUCACUGAAUUUUAGCAAGAACAAUGCGGGCAAGUACCAGUUGUAGAUUCUUCUACUGUUCGUACCUUGCUGUGUGUGAUGAAUGUUGAUGACAUUCAUUUAAAGAGAAGGUUGAGGAGCAGGUAGAGUUACUUGGGGAAAAAUCCUAAAUAUUAAUAUCGUUAGAACUUCUGCCUGCUGUGUUUUCAACUUCUGUGUGAAUGUGACAUGCAAAUAUUCUGUAAAUUUAUCGAUGCCACGAUAUACAAAACUAAAUUGCAUUGUGAGGAAAGGGAAAAAUAAUGUUUAAAUGCCAUUUUUUUGUAGUUCUCUUUUGGACUGUUUCUAUUUGUAAGUAUUGUAUUUCUGGCCACUUAUCACCACAGAUGUGGUAGAAUGUUCAUUAAUAGAACUACUGAUCUGUGUUUAUUUGAAGCAUAUACAAAACUAUUCCUUGCCUCCCCCUUUUAAUUUAUUUUAUACAUAGUAUAUAGAGAGUAAAACUGCUUUUCAAAUGUAGAUUACACUUUAUAUUUUUAAUUUACCCAAGAAUUUUUUUCCUCCACACAAUGCAGUUGAUGCAUGACUCUUUUGCAAGUCGCUGACUGAACUGAUUUCACUGACUUUAAGUUCUCAUGCACUAUUUGUUAAUAUUUAAUGUUAUGUCUCUAAUUGUAGCUCUUGUUCUAUAAGAUUACACACAACUUCAAAUAUUUAAGGCAGAUUGUCUGCAUACCUCUCAAUUGUCUGAAUCUUUUAAAGAAAUCUGCUAUCAGACAUUCCAUCACAAGACAGUUGAUGAAUACCAGUUAACUGGGUUUCAUUGUACCACAUGCAGUGAUAAACCUGACCAAAAAUUGCUUCUAACUAUAUUUUUAUUCAAAAAAAAAUCUCAGAAACUUGUUGUGUGUGAUUGCUUAGAUCUGCUUAACAGUGCAGCGGUGUGAAAAGGCAUAGAAUAGCAGGUCUUAGCUGUAUUCUGUUUAUAAUACUCCUGUGUGCAGAUGUAAGGAAAAUAUAAAGCUUGAAUAUUUGAAGUCGGAGGUAAUCAUGGUAGUUACCUAUGUUGUAUGUUCAGGGAGUUUAUACCAGCAGGAGGGGUGUGGUUAUCUACACUUGCUACUCUACUAAUGUCAUCCUGUAUAUAAAAUAAGAGGUCAAUUUUUAUCUGUACUGCUAAAUGAAGAAAUAGGUGUCAAGACCAUAGUGUAGAAGUGAGUCUCCAGCAGACAGCAUUUCAGCCAUAAGUAAAUGCCUCACCAAACUCAUGAUGAUGAUGGAGGGUGCUUCAGGACUGUAGAAUCACUCCUUUUAUGAACUUUUUUAGUGUAACUUCUGCACCCCCCACCCACCUUCCACCACAGCAGACGCUUCUGAAAAUGUUCUGAACUGGCGGUUAAGCGUGCAGUCUUUGUCCUUGCGAAGGAGGAGUACUUGGGACUUGGACAAACCUUUUUUGAAUCUGUUACGGACUCUUUUUGCGGACAGUUUUCUUUCUCAUUCCCAUGCUGCUAACCUGUUUGUCAGUGUGAUGCUACCGUCCUGCUUUCUGGGCCAUUAACCUGUCCAUGUCCAUGUAAUGGCUAUUUUUUUUGUAUGUGUGUGUAUGUGUUAAUUGUGUUGACAGAAUUAUGUUCUUUAGCUUGCACACCAACUACAUGCAGCUUUGCUCUCACUUCUGAGCUAGAUGUUUGAGAGAUGCACUCUUUUAUUUAAUAUGCACUGAGAUAGCAUUACCAUCCUUCUAUAGGCAAAAAUUUUGAACAAUAAAAAUUUUAAAUAGCAAUUCGAGUUCUGUAUAUUUAAUAAAAAAAUACUCUAAUAAAAGAGUAUUUUGUUUAAAGUA